AGCAGGAAGACAUUGGACUCGGCUGCUGAAUGUAGUAACGGUUGAAAUGCUGAAAAAAUGUAGACCUAUGCCGAAGCCGGCUCAUUUCUGAGCAUACUGUUCAGAACUUUUACAGAUUUUGUUCUUUGUUUUGUUUUGUUGCCUUGAACUGAAAAUGUCGGUGAUCCAUCCUACAUUACACUAUCCUUGCUCAUGUAGUGCUCAAAGCUGUGCUUCAUUCAAGGGAUACAGCAGCGUAAUGGGGAACCAUUAUAGACAAGUGGGAUUUUUUAACCAUUAUUUUCAAUGCUGCUCUGUAAUCUGGCACUGGAUGAAUUGUUAUGACCGGAGACUACGAAAAACUGGGCCUGAACGGGAGAACAGCAGAAAUGAUCUAGUUGCUCCUCCAACACGUUCAAGAGUCAAUGGUUGGACAUUACCUCUGCAUUCCUUCCAACUGAUUGCCUUUGUGCUAUUUUUCUACCUGGCAGUUGUUGCCUUUGGGAUUUACAUACCAAUGCUGCCAUAUGCUUGGAAAUAUGCUGGUUAUGCUAUAAUUGGCACAUUGUUUGUGUAUCAUUUCAUUGUCCAUUUGGUUGCGGUCUCCAUUGACCCAGCAGACAACAGUGUGCGUACCAGAAAAAACUACAACACUCCCAUGCCAACUCUCGAUCGAGCCAAGCAUCCUCAUGUCAUUCAGAAUCAACACUGCUAUCUGUGUGAAGUGGAUGUGGGAGUGAAAGCCAAACAUUGCAGCACUUGUAACAAGUGCAUUUCUGAUUUUGAUCAUCAUUGCAAGUGGCUGAACAACUGUGUAGGAGGAAGAAACUACUGGUUUUUCUUCCACACUGUGGUGUCAGCUGUUCUCGGUAUCCUGAUGAUUGUGCUCGUUAUCCUUUAUGUUUUCAUCCAGCAGUUUGUUAAUCCAGAAGAACUUCGCACAGCUCCUCAGUUUGAAAAUGUACGUGGAAACAACACGUGGCUGGUAUUUUUGCCCAUUGCUCCCCUGGAGACAACACUAGCUGGAAUUUCAGUCAUUGCAGGAAUCACCAUUAUCCUCAGCCUCGCUUCACUGAUGUUACUUGGUCAUCUGUUGGGCUUUCACAUUUAUCUGUUGUUCAACAAAUUAAGUACAUAUGAAUAUGUCGUGCGGGAGCGUCACAAGCAGGAUGUCCGAGACCAUGGGAAUGAUGUCGAAUCUGCCCAGACUGUGUCUGCUAGGAUGACUGCUAUUCAGGGUCUGCCUCUAGCGAAGUCACAGCCAGAAGUAGAACUCGCGACAUCCUCCAGGUUAAGUGCUUUAAAAUAUCAAGACCAAGGUCCAGUUGCCAACAGACUGUCCAAUAGUAUCUGCCUCGAGACUUCAAGUGUUUCUACAGCUACAAGCUCCUCACACACUGGGCAGGUUCUGAUUAAAAGGCCCAAAAGUGAUUUCAAAGGAGAAAGUCACAUUGAUGAGACUAAAUUCACUUCAGAGAGAACAUCUACUGUUAGCUCUAUUCCUGAACCACUGGAGAACUCUGAUGUAACGCUACAGACUGAUCAUAAGAGCACUCAUGGGUCUCACCGACGAAGCCUGGAGUCCAUAGAAGAGAUCCCGGUUGUACAAAACCCUCUUGGUAGUGCUGCUAUGGACAAUGGGAACAGGGAUGGGAACAGCAACACAGGCAAGUGCUCAGAUGCAUCCAAUCAUAAUGUGCUUGUGGACAAUACUCCAAGCUUGCUGGUAAGUCCAAGGAACUCUGUGCAGUCUGUGAGACGUGUCAGCCAGCAACCAACAAAGACUUCUUUGGUCAGACAGGAUGGAGAUACAGCUUAUCAGAGGCACAGUCAAUCAGUACAGCAGUCCAGUGAUAUUGGGCAGAAUACUACAUCAGGGUGAAUUGAAGAAUUUUGCUGAACACAUCAGAAACUUUGAGAAAGAAAAGAAUGGAUCUAAAGCACAGAGUUCACUGGUGCCUUCAUGUCAUUAGCCAGCAAUCAACAGCAUCAUCAGCAGGCUGAAUGCUGGACAAGUGUGAAAUCCCAAGGAGUGGAGUUAUUUGCAAUAACUGCUCUGAAUCCUGGUGACAUAAUGAGCUCCAUCUAACAACAGUGGUGAAAAGAGUGAUUUACAGAAGAAAACAGUCUGACCAAUUUGAACGAUUCAGACUCCAAAUGUCCUGGGUUCCCCUCUGUUGACACAAGUCAAGUCUGACAGUCAUUAGACUCCAGUAGACCCCACUCCAGUAGUGAUCCAUAACUCUCCCAACUCCAAACUGGAGACUCUGUGCCAAGUUCCAGGUACUGAGUCAAUUACACAACUGAGUGAUCCACGUCACGGAAAGGGUAUGUCGGUGCUGCCUACCCUAAUCCAUCUGUUUAAAAUACAAUGCCCCAAAGUUCUUUCCCCAGAAACCAGUUCUGGUUCUGAAGAAUGGUGGUAGGAACAUCUUUCUCGCCAAUGGAAAUACACACAAUAGAAAGAAGGGCAAGUGAUCUGUUCUGGGAUUAAUGAUCUUUCUCUUAGAACACCUAUUUCAGUUUAUUUGCCACGUGGUAUUGGACCCACUUCAGCCAAUGGAUGGAAUACAAGACAAUGAUUUUUUGAAGAAAUCUGAUAACAUACUGUGUGCAACCUUCCCCUCCCCCAGCCCUCCACACCAAUUGUGAAGUACUGUUGUCUCUCCAAUCCCAAGAACUGCAAGCCUCAAUCCCAUUCAAAUUUGUAUGUCUGCACUAAAUUCUUGGCAUUUCUGUACUUCUCUUAAGGAUUGGUAAAAGUGUGAUUUUCAAUCGUAAGUCAGAAGCAGAAUUGCGCAACAGAAAUGAUGCCCUUUUUUUUGAAAAACGCUCAAUUUAUAUCACUUAAAGUUAAUCCAUUGAUGUAAGCCCACCUUCAUUAAUACCAUGGUGGCAAAUGAUCCCCAGCCGAAAGGAAUGCUGUUUCCAUAAAAUGCCAUAUGAUAUUUCCUGAGCAUAAUGUCUGAGAAAAAUGCAGGUGACUUUCUCAUGGCCAGAGUUCCCAUGAUGACCUGUUCGCAUGAAGUGGCUAUCAUUGCUAUCCAGAGAUAGGUACUUUAGACAGAGCUGUUCAACAAUACAAUGUCCAAUAGGUCAGUAUGUGAUCUGCUCCCAUCAAGGACACCUUUAAUUUUCUACAUUGUCCAAUCUUAUGAAAAUGUGAGCUGCUUUUGCCCAAACUAAUGUGAAUGUAAAUGUGUUUGGCUGGCAGCUCUGUAGUCCAGCAGUGCCAGGAUCAAGUGCAUGAGCACUGCGGGGAAGACAAGCAGUCCCCGAGGAGGAAGAGUCAAACUCCGAGGCAAGGUCAAUAUUUUGGAUGAACCUGCUUUGCAAACACUAGGCGGGGAGGAUCUUGAAGGGUUGGUUCCAAUGAGCCAAAGGACUUUGGGAAUGCUGUAAAGCGAGUACCCCCCAUGCCUGACAGCAGGCCAUACAGUAAAUACAGCCGGCUGCUCUCCGAGCCUCCUCCUCCCCCUACCAGACAUGAACAGCAAUAGGAGUGGAAUGAGAGCAUUAAGUGGCCAUUAAUUGGUUACUGAAGGGCCUCACGAGGUGAAUGGGUUGCCUAGCGCUUGCCCACCCAUCAUAACAUGGGGGACAGGUUAGCGGAUGGGGAGGGGAACAGUGAGAAUGUCACUUUUUUAUGAGCUCCCUGGCUUUCAAGUAUGCUGGUGGCAGGUUUGUAAAUAUUACAGCCCUUCAGAUGCAGUAUGGCAAUUUUCUUAUGAAGAUAAAUGCAGCCAAGGACGAUGCAAAUGGAAGAUCUAUUGUGUAAUAUUGCUGUCUCAUGACAGAUGUCCCAUGUAAAAUUUUAGCAAUAAAUCAUGGAUACAGCUAACUAAAGUGCUAACUGAUGUUUCACUCUCUAACUUUAUUGCACCAAACAUAUGAUCAAUUCAAUUCAAAACAGUUUACUUCGAAGCAUGCAAUCAAUCAGGUGAAAACCAUCUAUCACUAUCUGCCAUGACAGAAGACCCACAGUCAUAGCCAAAAAAAAAACAUGCAAAUGCAUGGAGCAGCUCUCUGAUUUGCACAAACUGUACAUGCCCAUAUUAUAUAGCCUGAAGGUAGGUUUGGUGAAGACUGGAAUGGAUUUUGGCUGUCAAAAUUCUCAUAGGCCUGCACAUUAUUUUGUGGGCUCCUGUUUCUGUGCACCACUGGAAAUCCAUAGAUUGCAGUUUGAAAACCACUGACCUACACUAAUCCAUUCAAUGCCCCUUAAAAGUAAAUGCAAAGUAGUUGCUCCAUAGUGAAUUUCAAGUAUUCUGAAUGAGCCAAUUUUUUUAUUCAUUUUAUAAAACAUCAAAAUCUUCUAUGUGCACACACUUAGCUUAUUAUGUUUUCAGUUUCCUGUAUUAAUAUUUCUAAUGGAAAUUCCCAACAUAAACUGUCAUUGUGUAGUGACACCCUCUAUCCAGGAUUUCCCUUAUGAUCUUAUGAUCCCUUCAUGGAACUGUACACUUCCAUUGGCAGCAGGAUGUAACUACAAUGUGACAAGUUAAAAUAGGGAGUUUCGAUUAUAAAUGUUGACAUAGGAAAUUAUCACAUAAUAAAGGGCAGCCUGGCUAAACUAUGUCUUCAUAUCUUGAUCCAAUUAUCCACUAUCCUCUAAUCCUACUUCUAACGGAGAAAAUUAAUUAGGUGUCUGGCCAUUAUCUCAUCUUAACUCUGCAUGUUGCCAGAGGUGAUUAAUAUUAAAGUUAAAAACGUUAUUGCAAAUCACUGAAAAAAAGCUGUAAUAAAUAGUAAUCAUCCAGGAACCAUUUCUAUUUGUUUAAGAGGAUGCCCAGAUAAAAAUCAACAAUGGAAAAUAAAACAUUUCAAUGUUUAACAUGUUAAAACUUAAGUAUACCAGCUGGGUCUGAGCAAGAAGGGUUUGAAAAAUUAUUGGGAUGAAACUAAAGUAGUAUCCACUAGUAUUGUACCAAAGAACUACCGUAUAGCUAGGCACUGUAAUGCCCAGCAUGGUCUAGCCAUUUCCUAUCAGUACAGUGAAUGAAUCAUGCGAUUUAAUUUAGAUUUUCAUUAGAAUCAUUUAAAUGCACUUUUGGUGAAAAUGUACUGUGCUAAAUUCAUCACUUUUUAACAUUUACAGCCAUAUAUCUGAUUGUGUUUUAGUGCCUACUUUGUGAAACUUGAAAAGAUUUUAAAUGUUUAAAUGUGUGUAUAACUGAAUUUCAGUCAUAUUCCUAAAGCCUCUCAGCAGUUUUGAAACAUUUUUAAACAGUCCCAUUGUGCAGUCCCAUCUACAAUGCAAAUUUAUUGUUUGUUAUAAAGCGGAGUUGUUCAGUCUACUGGCUAGAUGUGGCUGACUGGAAAACAGAUGUGGCUAACUAAAUAAAACCUAAUAAUGGACACUA